UUUGUAGCUGGUUGAAAAGUUCUGGUAAUUUAUUGACAGUACAAACUAAAUAAGAGGAAAGAAAAAACAACAUAAUAGAGAGGGAAAUACAUAUAGAGCAGAAAAGUUUCGAUCACAACACCUGUGAUCAUAUUGCGUCCAUACGCUUACUUUUGAAUUUUAGACGACAUUCAACAAUUGAACGAUUAAAUUGCAAAUUCAUUAUCUGUUCUUCUGAAACGAAGAAUCUGUUUUACAAAUUAUCUGGAAAUGUUGACACAUAUAACAGAAUGCUUCAAUACAAGAAUUAUUUUCAGUGACUUGAUGAGUUUUGAUAAUUAAGUCAUUUUUUGGCUGCAGUAAUUGUGUUGACAGUACCUGUAUAAAGAUGCCACAAUUAGACGUUGCUGCUGUACCACUGGCGAAUAACCAGAAUGUUGCAGUAGCAGAUAAUAAUCACAAUUUGGCAGAAGCAAUUGGCCCUGUUUUAAACAAUAAUAAUAUAAAUAGAACAAGGAAUAAUAAUAAUCAAAAUUCAUUAUUUAAUGUGCGAGAUAGGUUAUUUCAUGCUCUAUUUAUUAAAUCUGCUUUAUUCUAUGCAAGAACCUUCCCAAGACCUGUCAGAAGAAUGAUAGAAUUUGUUGUUUUAUUAAAGGCAAUUAUGGCAUUUUUUGUGCUAGUUUAUAUACAUGUAGUAUUUUCGCGUGCACCAGCUAACUGUUUGGAACAUGUGAGAGAUGAAUGGCCAAGAGAUGGAAUACUCAGAGUAGAAAUCCUAAGAAAUGCUGGAGAUGAUUAUAGUAUAGAGAAAAGCUAUGCUAAGGAGGAAAAACUACGUCAAGAAAAAGUUGAAGAUUUGAAUAGUGUUUUAGGGAUACUAUCUGGUGAAGGAUUUAUUAAUAUAGAACCAUCUGCAGUUAACGAUGAUCAAGGUACUCAUAUAUCAGAUGAAGGGUUACAAAAUUUAACGAUCUCUGUUAAAAAAUUAAAUUUAGAAGGUGCUACUGUAGAUAAUAUGGAAAAUAUUAGUGCAUCAAAUGCAGCUAUUAGUCCUUUCUUAUCGACACAACUUUGGAGUAGUUAUACUCAAGAUCAUUCCCACGAACCAACAUCUUUAGCUAUGAAGGCAUUAGAUAAUAAAACAAAUGAUGAAAGUAAUGAAGCAUCUAUUAGAGAUAAUAUUAUUCAGCCUUUGAAACAUAAAGUUUCAGAAGUUGAAAAAAUAGUUAAAGCAGUUUUCCCAGAAGAUGAGUACAUAGUUGAGUACUCCUUGGAGUAUGGAUUUUUGCGUCUCUCACCUGAAAGGCGUCAAAAAUUAAACAUUCCAGUGAAAAUCGUUACUUUAGACCCAUUGAAUGAUAAGUGCUUUGGAGAUGCUUUUUCGAGAUUGAUUCUAGAUGAAUUUUUAGGUUAUGAUAAUUUAUUAAUGGCUAGUAUCAAAACACUUGCAGAGCAUGAAGAUAAUAAAGGGUUUUUACGUAAUGUUGUUACAGGAGAGCAUUACCGUUUUGUAAGCAUGUGGAUGUCAAGAACAGCGUAUAUAGCUGCAUUCUUCAUCAUGCUUAUUUUUACUGCAUCAAUUUCAAUGCUUUUACGUUACUCUCAUCAUCAGAUCUUCGUUUUUAUUGUUGAUCUUUUACAAAUGCUAGAAUUCAAUGCUACAGUAUCAUUUUCAGCUGCUUCUCUUCUUACUGUGAUUUUAGCACUUGUUGGAAUGGAAGCAAUAAUGUCGGAAUUUUUUAAUGAUACGACAACGGCGUUUUACAUUAUGCUGAUUGUUUUUAUUGCCGAUCAGUAUGAUGCCGUUUGUUGUCAUACUACUAUUACUAAGAGGCAUUGGUUAAGUGUACGGGGCGAGGAGGGCCAAGUAACUAAGAUUAGAUGUGAGCUCCUGAUGUUGAUAGGAGGAUUGCAGGCUAGUGGACAAGAUAGUACAUGUAUUCAAUAA